AUGCCUUCCAAAUGCAAAGUCGCUGCUAUUCAGGCCGAACCAUGCUGGAACGACCUGAAAGGGAGCAUUGCCAAAACGAUCGGGCUCAUCCAAGAGGCUGCUAGUAAAGGCGCCAACGUGAUUGGCUUUCCCGAGAUUUUCAUCCCUGGCUACCCAUGGACAAUUUGGGCUAACUCGCCAGUCAGCAACGCUGCCUUCAUGAGCGAGUAUUUUGCCAAUUCCCUUGAGAAGGAGUCUGAGGAGAUGGAACAAAUCAAAACGGCUGUUCGUGAAGCUGGAGUUUUCAUUGUACUUGGAUAUAGCGAAAGAUAUCAAGGCACCCUCUACAUUUCCCAGUCCUUUAUCGAUGAGACCGGCACCAUUGUUCUUCACCGACGAAAGAUCAAGCCAACUCACGUUGAGAGAGCAUACUGGGGCGACGGGCAAGCCGAUUCCGUCAAGGCCGUUGCCCCCUCCUCAUUCGGUAAUAUCGGUGGUUUGAACUGCUGGGAGCACACCCAGCCUCUGCUACGUUACUACCAAUACUCGCAAUACCUGGACAUCCAAGUAUCCAGCUGGCCCCUCUGCUGGGAUGCAUUGGAGGGCCAACCAUGGCCGUAUCACCUGACGCCACCAGCUUGCAACAGGUUCUCACAGGUCAUGGCGAUGGAAGGCGCCUGCUUUGUCUUGGUCUGCUCACAAGUUCUGACAGAGGACAGCAAAGCAAAGACAGGGUUGGAAAAGUUUGACUAUGCUAGAGCCCCAGGUGGCGGCUUCAGUAUGAUCUACGGGCCUGAUGGCUCGGAGCUGUGCAAGCCUUUGGGACCAGGGGAAGAGGGCAUUCUAUAUGCUGAUGUUGACCUUUCAUUCAGGGCCAUGAUGCAGCAGAAUCUCGAUCUGAUGGGACACUACGCACGGCCCGACUUGUUGAGUCUGAAUGUGACGACAGAGACUGCCGUUCCGAUCCGUCACAAGUGA